AUGAAAAUAUCUAAAAUUAAGUACUACCUAUUUUUCUUUUUUAUUGCGCAUUUAGUGAAAACAGUUAAGUCCAGAGUACUAGUCAACUGCUUUGGAUUGCUACACUGCAAGAUAUGUCACACUAUAAUAAGGAACUGCUUCUUAUCAGGGACGAGUGAUUUAUCAAAAUGCAUUGCUUGCGAAGAGAGUUACUAUAGCAUUAAGCCCUGUACCCACCAUACAGACGAAUAUUUGAUGGACCAAAAAUCUAAAGGUGCAUUUGUGGAACUACAAGAUCACGAGUACUUAUCAGACGAAAAAAUGGCAAUUUUACUUUCCGAAAUAAUUAAAAUAUCCAUAGAUAGACACAAGAAGGGGGUAGCAGGGGGUAGUACCCUGGAUAAUGAUUUAAAAAAAAAAAUAAUGCAAUUGUGUCUGUAUUCAAACUUUAAUGACAACUACGAAAAUGCAAAAAGUCAUACACAGGCAACACCGGAAGAAGUAGAGGAGCAUAUACAAAAAAUUAUAGAUAUAUAUAUAAAAGAAACAAAUAACAUGGAGCAUAUACUAAACUCCUUGAAAAAUCCUGCACUAUGUUUAAAGGACCCAACACAAUGGGUAAAAGAUAGGGCAGGUUAUAAGGAUAUUGAUUCACCCUCGGCUGGUAUAAUAUCUGAAAAGAAACUUUUCAAGCCUUAUAAAAUAAAAAGUUUAAUGAGUUCUUUAUACAGUUCUAAGUCUAACUGUACUAUGCAAUUUUGCAAUAGGUUCGCUGAUUCGAAUGAAUGUGAAUCUAAAAUCAGGGUCCUCAACCAAGGCACAUGCGGGAACUGCUGGGCUUUUGCCUCAUCGACGACUAUAUCCGCCUUCAGAUGCAGAAAGGGCUUGGGGUUUGCAGAACCAUCGGCUAAAUAUGUAACUCUAUGUAAGAACAAACAUAUAAACACUGAUGAUGGAUAUGUAUCUGGACAUUACAAUGAUAAUAUAUGUAGAGAAGGAGGACAUUUAUCUUAUUAUCUUGAGACGUUGGACAAUACAAAAAUGCUUCCAACAUCUCAUAACGUUCCUUAUAAUGAACCGAUAAAAGGUGCAGACUGUCCUGAUAGUAAACCGUCCUGGAGUAAUAUGUGGGAUGAAGUAAAUUUAGUUGAUCGAAUAUUUAAUGGGUAUAUUUUUAGUGGGUAUUUUAAAUUAUCUUUUGGUGAGUAUGUAAGAAAUGGUAUGACAAAAGAUUUAAUUAAAAUUAUCAAAGAAUACAUAAUAGAACAAGGGGCUUUAUUUGUCUCAAUGAAAGUAAAUGGAAAAUUAAGUUUUGAUCAUGAUGGGGAAAAAGUUAUGAUGAACUGUGAAUAUGAAGAAUCACCUGACCAUGCAUUAGUUCUAAUAGGUUAUGGAGAUUAUAUAAAACCCUCAGGUGAAGAAAGUUCCUAUUGGCUUAUAAGAAAUAGUUGGGGUUCUCAUUGGGGAGAUAAAGGUAAUUUUAAAAUUGACAUGUACGGACCAAGUAAUUGUAAUGGACAAGUAUUAUGUAAUGCAUUUCCUUUACUUUUACAAAUGAGAGGGAGAAAAAUAGAUAAUCCCUUACCUAACGAUUUAGCAUCAACAGAUACUAGGAUGAGGUAUAAUCAUUCUUCUUUUGAUAUGAGUAGAAGAAGAAAAUAUCCUGAACAGAGGGAUAACCAAAUUAAUGAUGAUAGAAUGAACCCCAACAAUCCAUACGAUAACGAUCGAUAUGAUAAAAAUCGAAUCGAUAACGACAGAAAUGAUAAUAACCCUUUUGUUAAUCCUAGAUAUGAAGAUAUGUAUGAUGAACAUAAUGAAGACAGAUAUGGACCAAACUACCAACCAUUUAACGAUCGAAAUGCAGAAAAUGAAUACUCUCCUGAGGAAGCUGGAGCUGACUACCCGGGGAUUGGUGACAACCGCAAGAAUUCCACUUUUCGAAGAACUUUUCUAACUAACUUGGUUGUCAACAUUGGCAAUACUCAGUAUAAGAGAACCAUUUACUCACGAAGGAAGGAUGAAUACAAAGAAAAGUUCUCCUGCUUAAGAACAUUUUCAAUGGAUGAAUCCUCAGACGUGUUAUGCCGAGAUAAUUGUGAACGACAUAUCGACAUGUGCAAAUAUAAUGCAUCCAUUGGUGAAUGUCUAAUGAAGUUUUCCUCCAAUUAUAAAUGCAUUUAUUGCGGCAUGUAA